AUGGUGCCAGUGGUUAAUCCGAAAGAUGAGGACGCGUCCCCCUCGCUUGCACCACAAACUCAACAAUUGUUUGAUGAAAGCUUGCCGGUCCACGACAUGUACGAUCCAUCAUGGUGUACCGAUAGUUCCGAGGAAGAGGUUAAUGAGGGUCUUGUUCUGGACAGUGAGUCAUCGGAUACAGAUGUCGAUGGUGAUUUUGAUUGUUGUCCAUCCACUGUAGUUGGUCUACCAAUUCCAUCGUCUGGCAUUGUAGGAAUGCAAGACCUUCCAGUUGCAGAAAUGAUAAGAGAGGAGCCUAGUGUCAAGAUUGCGCUAAUCCAAGAAAGGAUAGCUACGAUCCUUGGAUUCCAUAUAUCAUAUAGGAAGGCAUGGAAGGCAAAGCAAAAGGCUAUUGUAAAAGUAUACGGAUCCGCCUAUAAGCUUGAUUUGAGUGACCAUUUCAUUGCUGGAUGCCUAGACCAAUCUCACAAGGUCUUCAAAAGGGUGUUUUGGACAUUUAAACAGUGUUGUGAGGCCUUCAAUUAUUGCAAGCCAAUUAUCCUCAUUGAUGGCACUCAUCUUUAUGGCAAGUAUCGGGGAACCCUCAUGAUUGCGACAGUAGUAGACGGCAACAAUUACAUUCUUCCAAUUGCAUUCGCUAUCGUUUCAGCCGAGAAUACUGAUAACUGGUCUUGGUUCUUAGCUCUUAUUCGAAUGCAUGUGACACAAAAGCAUGGAAUAUGUCUCAUUUCUGAUCGACAUCCGGGAAUCCUGUCUGCGGUAAACAAUGUUGCUCUCGGAUGGGCCCCACCACAGGCAUAUCAUGUUUAUUGCUUUCGCCACGUGGGCAGUAAUUUUAAUCACAAAUUCAAGAAUGUUAUGUUGAAGAAGCAGUUGAAGAAGUUAGGCAAUACAACUUCGCGUUUGGACUUUGAUGCUGGUUUUGAAAAAUUUAAAGAAACAAGCCCGCAAAUAGCUGCCUGGAUUGAUCGCAUACCUAAAGAGAAGUGGAGUAUCUCCUACGAUGAACAAGGAAGACGAUUUGGCCACAUGACAACAAACCUGUCAGAGUGUGUUAAUAAAGUUCUCAAAGGUGCACGAAACCUUCCAAUUACCUCACUUGUGCGUAUAACGUACAGUAGACUGGUGGCGUAUUUUUUGGAGCACGGACAGGAAGCACGUGAGGAGAUGGAAAGAGGUAAUCGCUUUGCCAAAGUUGUGUGGCAAAAAUAUGUGGAAAAUCAACGAAAGGACGCAACACAUAAUGUAACUUCUUACGACGUGAAAAAGACAAGAUUUGAAGUGCAGGAGUCAUAUAAUGUACGUGCUCAUCGUGGGGGUAAAAAAUGGUCAGUAUCGCUAUCUGAUCGUACAUGCCAGUGUGGUGAGUUCACUGCGUUUAGGUUCCCGUGUAGCCAUGUCAUUGCGGCAUGUAGAUCCAUGCAUCACGAUCCCACACAGUACAUAGACCCUGCCUACAGUGAGAAGAAUCAAUGUGAAAUUUAUUCGCCGCAAUGGUAUCCAAUUGGUAACGAGGAUUUCAUACCACCAUUCUAUGGUGAUUACAUAGUUAUUCAUACAAAUAUACUAACCUCAUGGUUGCGUAAGCGAGCAACAUGGUAG